GCUGGCGAGAGAGGAGCCCGGUACCCGGGCGGGGAGAGCGGUCCUUGCCCCGCAGCCUUAGGGGGCUUUGACCAUGCGGCGCCUUGCGCUCUAAGCUCCCCGCGGAGCUAGCCUGGAGAACCUGCCCAGAGCUGGAACUGCAGCUUGGCCCGCGGCCUGCUGGCUUGUCGCCUACCUAGCGGGUCCCGCCCCCAGCAAGGACACCGGGAGCUCCGGCUGCCGCGCCUGCCCUGCUGCAUCCUCGCCCCGCGUCCAGUGGUCCCCCGCGCAGCCGGUCCACUGCGCCCCUCGCGCCAUGGCCAUCUCGUCUGCGCGGCCCGCUGUCCUGGCCCUGGUUGGACUGGCGCUGCUCCUGUUGCUGUGCCUGGGUCCAGGUGGCAUAAGUGGAAAUAAACUCAAGCAGAUGCUGCAGAAACGAGAAGCACCUGCUUUGGCCAAGAGCAACAUGGCUGUGGAUGAACACAAAGCAAAGGAGUUCCUGGGAGGCUUGAAGCGUGCCAAGCGGCAGCUGUGGGAUCGCUCCCGGCCUGAGGUGCAGCAGUGGUACCAGCAGUUCCUGUACAUGGGCUUCGACGAGGCGAAAUUUGAAGAUGAUGUCAGCUAUUGGCUAAAUAGAGAUCGAAAUGGCCACGACUACUAUGGCGAUUACUACCAGCGUCACUAUGACGAAGAUGCAGCCAUCGGUCCCCGGAGCCCUGAAAGCUUUAGGCACGGAGCUGGUGUCAACUAUGAUGACUAUUAGCCAUCCCUUGAUGCAUGGUGUGUGUGUGUGUGUGUGUGUGUCAGUACCCGGAGCCUUAGGCUACUUGGGUUCUGCUGUCUUUUGCUUCGGCAGGCCUUCCCUUCUCACUCUGUGUGAGCAGGAAGGGCUAAAGCAAGGAAUGUAAGUGCCUUUUGCUAUUUUAUGCAAGUACUUAAAAAUGCAGCUCAUUU